UCUGGGCACUGGAUGGUCGUCGAGAGCGCAGCUGGGCCAGUGGCGAGCCGAGCAACGAUUGACGCCAGAAGAGCAGGACCAAAUCUUGGGCGUGCUGCACAGAAACGAAGCUGUCAGUGAACGAGAAAAGCUGAGGGUGUCGUAA